GAAAAUACUGCUUAUACACUUGUUUCAAAAAUGUCAGCAUUCAAGUUGCGAAAGUCGAAAGCAGAGAAACAGAAGAAGCAAGAAUCUUCAUGGAUCUUGGAAGGAAUAGUUGGUUAUUUACAAAGUCCUGUUUGGCAUGUUCCAAUCAUGAACUUUAUCGAUGAACAUUGCGCAUGCUUUGAAAAUAAAGAAGAAAAUAAGUUUGAAUAUACUGACAUUCAUAUGAAGUAUAAACAAUUGAUGGAAAGACUACUUGCUGAUUACAUCAAAGAGUUAAAUAUUUCUAAAGAAGCUUUUUCUGAAGCUUGUAGUCAAGAUGGCUCAGUUGUGCAGCAUGUUGAAGGCCUCUUUGAAUACUUAUGGGCUGCAGAUGAUUUUCUACUUUUCAAACGGAUUAUGACCAAACACAACUUAGAAUUAGAGAUGCAAGCAAUUCAUAAUUUACAAAUAAAAGAAAUUAACGAUGAAACUCUGGACUCAGCUAUGUUCAAUGAAAUAUUAAGCAAAUCACAAGCUGCCUACCAAAGUGUGGUCGAUGACAUCAACAAACUUACAGCAGCUGAAGAAAACGACAUUCAACGCGCGAUUGAAUUUUCAAAACGAGAGAUGGAAAUAUUAAAAGCUCAAGCUGAGCAAGAACAAAAGAUGUUGGAAGAGGCCAUCAAGCUAUCUUUGCAAACCAGCCAAACACCAACUGGUGAUAAUUCAAACCAGACCAAACCAGUUCCUCCUACAGUGGACGGGGGGUUUAAAACUGAAGCUCCCAUAGUCCCUGUUUCUACUGCAAGCAUUCAAAAGGACGUACUUCCCAUCCAAGCCUCAAAAAGUCCGAAUACACCACACGUACUACUAGAUGACAAAGCUAAAGCUACAAACACACAAACUGCUGCUUUGGCUCCACUUACAAAGCUGCAUCGUACUAAUGCUAGUGCAGCUGCAAGCUGGAUCACAGAAGCUCAGAAAUCAACCGAAGGUUUAUUUGAUAAACCUGAAACCUCUACUACAAUACCUCAAGCAAGCAAUGUGAAUCAAGAUGAGCUCGAAAAACGGAAGCAGUAUUUGAAAAAACAACGCGACAAAAUAUUGGAACAAAAACGAAACAGCAGACAGGCAGAACUGAAAGAAUUUCAUGAAAACCAACCAGAACAAUCAUCAAGUGCAGAUAAAAAGAGUAAAAAUGAACAACCAGACGAUGACGCAUUGAACGCUCGUCUUGCUUUGGCUGCGAGAUUAAAAAGAGAAGUCAUUCGGCAGAAACAAACUUGAUGAAACUACCGUACUUGUUGUUAGUGUUUUACCGCAGUAACUUUAUGUUAAUAUUGCAAUGUAUACAGUAAAUACAAUUUAAUGUUGAAAAGUAAAAAAAAA